AUGGAAAAUCAAACCACGGUGACUGAAUUUAUUCUCCUGAGAGUUUCCAAUGAGCCAUAUAUGCAGAUUUUCUUCUUCCUGGUGUUUUUAGUUAUUUACCUAAUCACACUGAUUGCGAACAUGAUGAUCAUGUUGGUGAUAAGAGCUGAUUCUCACCUUCACACCCCCAUGUAUUUCUUCCUAUUCCAUCUAUCCUUUGUUGAUAUCUGUUAUUCCUCAGUCACAGUGCCUAAAAUGCUGAUAAAUUUCCUGUCAGAUCACAAAACUAUUUCUGUCAAUGGCUGUAUUGCCCAGAUGUUCUUCAUCCUCCUCUCAGCUGGUACAGAAGUUUUCAUUCUCUCAGCAAUGGCUUAUGACCGCUAUGCUGCCAUCUGUGACCCAUUGCAUUACAUUGAGACAAUGAACAGAGGCAUCUGUGUUCAGCUGGUGAGUGGUGCAUCGGUAAUGGGCUUCUUAAAUGCCCUGGUUAACACUGUUUUUGCCCUCAAGUUGCGUUUCUGUGGGCCCAAUCAAAUCAACCAUUUCAGCUGUGAGCUCCCUCCUCUAUUACAACUGUCCUGCACUGAGAUCCUCACUAAUCAAGUGGUGCUUCUUACUUCUGUUGUGGUAUUUGGAGCAAGCUCCUUCCUCCUCAUCCUCAUCUCCUACAUUCACAUCAUUUCCACCAUAUUGAGGAUUCGCUCUGUGGAGGGCAAGCUUAAAGCCUUCUCCAACUGCAGCUCCCACCUCAUUGUGGUUGGCUUGUUGUACCUCACAGCUUUUUUCCAGUACAUAAAGCCCAGCUCAGUCUCCUCUGUGUUUCUGGAGGAAAUGGUCUCCAUCCAGUACAGCAUCUUGACCCCUAUGUUAAAUCCCAUCAUCUACAGCGUGAAAAACAAAGAGGUGAAAACAGCUGUAGUGAAAAUAUUGGGGAAAUUCAAAUUUCUCAAGUAG